GACGCGCUCCGAGCGUCGACUAGCACGGCGGCGAGCACCACGAGACGGAGGUGGCGGUGACGACGGUUACGGCGGAGGCAGGAGGCAGCGGAGGAGAGCAGCCGAGCCGGCUGGCAGGGGAGGGAGAAAAAUCAAGAAGGAAGUAGCAAGUGUCACGAAGGGACUCUUGUCAGUGAGUGGUGGACCGUGGUGCAGAUUGGGCAUCGCGUGUGCGACGAGGAUCCUCGUGAGAGGGAGAGCGUGCAAACAGAGGGGGAGGCGGCGGAAGCAAGCAGGCGGGACUCGCGCUCGAUACGAGUGGCGCGCGCGCGCGAAUUUCGACUCGAUCGCCGUUUCCGAUCCUCGCCUCCGGAAAGAGCAGAGCUGACCUUGCGGCCCGACCUUGGAAAUUGGCGCCACCGUCGGUGCGUGGGCGUCGCGUCCCCCGGUAACGAGAGCGCGGCGAAUUUGCCGGUCGCCCCCCGCGGGAACACGCGAGUGCUCGAGAGAAGGCAGCUCGCGCGCUCUCUUUUCCUCGCGUCCGAGAGCCUCGUGUUUCUUCCUUCUUUCGUUCCUUCCUCGGCCCGAGAGGAGGAUUGCAGCCGGUGAUCGAACCACCUGUCACGCCGGUGGAAUGACUCAAUAUGCCGCCUAGAUCGUCACUGGUGAUCCUCGUCGCGCUGUGCGCGACAUGCGGCCGGGCGGACUUCUUCGGCGAGAGGAAGGAGAUGGUGUACGAUUUAAUAGAAGCGACAGUGUCGUCGAUGACAACCGACGACAACAAUUUCUACAUAGACGACGGCCUGGACGGAUUCCCGGCGUUUGGCUUUCGACCCGGCUCCGAGGUGAAGCAGCCCUACAGACUGUACCUGCCGGAAAAGUUGCCGGCCGAGUUCACUCUGGUGGCUACGUUCAAGCCGACCUCCUUCAGAACGAGCUACCUCUUCGCCGUCCUCAAUCCCUUCGAAACGGUCGUCCAGUUGGGAAUUAGAAUUUCGGACGGACCCGGCUCGAAUCAGAACGUCUCGCUGGUCUACACGAACUCGGACGAGCAUUCGCAUUCGGAGGAGGUGGCGAAAUUCACCGUGCCGAAGCUGACGAAGAAGUGGUCGAAGAUCGUCAUUAAGGUCUCCGCGACCGACGUCACCUUCUACCUCAAUUGCCACGAAAUGGCACGCCAGAGGGUCACCAGGAUCCCGCAGAAAUUAGUAUUCGACACCGCCAGCACGCUCUACAUCGCGCAAGCCGGACCGCACAUCCAGGAACGAUACGACGGUCUGCUGCAAUCUUUGAAGCUAUACUCCGGCCAUCCUCCGGAUCUUGUAAAAUGCUCUACUGAUUUUAACUUUGCAGAAGACGAAGAGCUCAGCUCUGGUGAUUACGACGGUCUCAACUUGUUCGACGGUUCCGGCGACGCUGAUUUGAAUAAGAUCGGUCGUGAUGCGGACGAAGACAAAAGCGAGGAGAGUAACCCGCCGCCAUUCAUCACACCCCCGCCCCCGAAUCCGGAUUAUAAAGGCCCGAAAGGCGAGAAGGGUGACAAAGGGGACAAAGGCGAGAGCGUCAGGGGCCCUCCGGGCCCCCCGGGCCCACCUGGUCGCGAUGAGGAUUGGCUGAUGAAGAUACCGCCGCAGGGACCACCUGGUCAGAAGGGAGACCCUGGCACUUGCACCUGCAACGCCACGGCCUUAAUGUCUUCCUUUACGAUGCCAAAGAUGAUACAAGGGCCGAAGGGUGAGCCGGGAGUGCCGGGACAAGAAGGCAAGCAGGGCCAAAUGGGUCUUACGGGUGCGGCAGGACCGCCAGGGGAAAGAGGACUGCAGGGUCCGUCCGGGGCGAAAGGUGACAAGGGUGAUAUUGGAAUACCAGGACCGGAAGGUCCUCAAGGUCAGAAGGGCGAGCCGGGUCGGGACGGAAUACCCGGUGAAAAGGGAGCGCAAGGUCCGCCGGGGCCGCCCGGAAAAGGGGAAUUCUCGGGAUAUGACCCCAGUUGGAAACCUCGAAGUAUUUACAGGACGGAAGGUAUCACGAUGAGGCCGGGAUUGCCAGGACAAAAGGGCGAGCCGGGUACGUCGGGAAGUCCCGGUCCGAAAGGCGAGUCCGGGAUAACCGGUUCCAAGGGUAUCAAGGGCGAACCUGGACACAAAGGUGCCAAGGGUGAUCACGGGAAAGAAGGUCCUAGAGGAACUCAAGGUUUCAAGGGUGAGCCUGGUGCACCCGGUGCGCCCGGGCUGCCUGGCGCUCCUGGGGAGAACGGACGGCCGGCCGAGAAAGGCGAUAAGGGCGAUAUAGGGCCGGAAGGCAAACCUGGACCUCCAGGACCACCCGGCUCACCCGGUACGAGCAGUUCUGGCGGCAUAAACGUCGGAGAUCUGGGAUUCGGCACGAAAGGCGACAAAGGCGAACUCGGAGCGCGCGGAUACAGAGGUGAUAAGGGCACGAAGGGCGAGAAGGGCGAUAAGGGUGAUGCCGGGCCAGCCGGUAUUCCCGGAAUAAACGGCAUUCAAGGACCUCAAGGAGAUAAAGGCGAACCCGGUACAGACGGCGUACCUGGAUCACCAGGCACGCCUGGAGCCAAGGGCGAGAGAGGCGAAAGAGGUCCUCCUGGAGCCACUACUGUCGCCAGUUCCGGCGACUACGUCACCAUCAAAGGCGAGAAAGGCGCCGAAGGGAAACGAGGCAGAAGAGGACGACCUGGACCACCCGGACCUGUCGGUCCACCUGGAAAACCUGGGAUCAUGGGAGAAAUCGGCUUACCGGGUUGGAUCAACACGAUGAAGGGUCGUCCAGGGAAUCCCGGACUUCCGGGAAGUAUCGGACCAAUGGGACCCAAGGGAGAAAAGGGGGAGCCCGGCACGCCGAGCCCUUACGGUGUUUCCGUCGGUAUCAAAGGGGACAAAGGAACUGACGGUUUGCCCGGAAUUCCCGGCCAGACUGGCAGAGACGGUCAAAGAGGCCCUCCGGGACCUCCUGGACCUCCCGGACCACCGUCUCAAGGGAAAUACAUCCCGGUUCCAGGACCCCCAGGUCCUCCCGGGCCACCUGGUCCUCCCGGGUUGUCUUUGAUCGGACAGAAAGGAGAGCCCGGCAUCGGCCGAAGCCCUUAUGGCGAAAGAGAGACCUAUUAUGGCCUCAGGCAAGGACCCAGAAGUAGCUUGGACGAGUUGAAAGCUCUGCGUGAACUCAAGCAUCUGAAAGAAUUGAAAGAGCAAUUAGGCGCUGCCACUGCCGCUACCAGGGGACCCUUAGAAAGUACAACGAAAAUCGUGCCAGGAGCUGUUACGUUCCAAAACACAGAAGCUAUGACGAAGAUGUCCAGCGUCAGUCCGGUUGGAACUCUGGCUUACAUCAUCGAUGAACAAGCUUUACUGGUCAGAGUGAACAACGGAUGGCAAUACAUAGCGCUUGGCUCACUACUGCCUAUCACAACGCCCGCGCCGCCAACGACAGCACCGCCACCGGCGAAUCCUCCCUUCGAAGCGUCCAAUUUGAUUAACCAAAUACCCGUGAAAGCCGACGGGACAGGGUGGUAUCCGCGAAUGUUAAGGAUGGCUGCAUUAAACGAGCCUUUCACCGGAGAUAUGCACGGCAUACGAGGAGCCGACUACGCUUGCUAUCGACAAGCAAGGCGAGCAGGCUUGAGAGGCACCUUCCGCGCUUUCCUCAGCUCUCGUGUUCAAAACGUCGACAGCAUUGUCAGAUUGGGCGACCGGGAUCUUCCUAUAGUGAACAUAAAGGGCGACGUGCUGUUCAACUCUUGGAAGGAGAUGUUCAACGGGAACGGCGCGUACUUCUCUCAGAAUCCCCGAAUCUACAGCUUCAAUGGGAAGAACAUCCUCACCGACUUUGCGUGGCCCGAGAAAGUCGCGUGGCACGGCUCUCACAAACUCGGCGACCGAGCGAUGGACACCUACUGCGACGCCUGGCACUCGAGCAGCUCGGAUCGCUACGGGCUGGGCUCGCCGUUGAGCGGCGGUCGGCUUCUGGAACAGGUGCGAUAUUCAUGCGACAAUAAAUUCGCGCUGCUCUGCAUCGAGGUGACGAGCGAGGCGGUGAGGAGGCGGCGGAGCGCCGACGAUCGGCUGGAGGACGACGUCGAGAUGACGGAGAACGACUACGUGGAGUACUUGGAGGAACUCAUGCAAUACUAAGGAACAUACGCGCGCGCGCGCGCACAUACACACACACACACACACUCUUUCGAUCAUUCGCACUACUCUCGCGACGCAAAAAUCGAGCUAUAUUGUGUAAAUAGGAAUGCAGAUACGCGCGUGCUGCGUUUCUUCUUCGGCGUGACGAGAGAAGCACAUCCCUCGAGUUGGAAUAAUAAUUCGUAUACAUAUCGCAAAGACGGAAAGAGCGCGCGCGAGAAAGAAAGAGGAGAGAGCCGUCGCGCGUCACAUCUCGUAUCCGUGAAACUCUAUCUCCGAUUCCAAAGGCAUAACUACUUGUGCUCGCGACGAGUCACACUAGCCAACCGCUUCUACCGCGUUCUCAGUUUUCACUUAUUCUCUUGAACUUUCUUAAAGAUAAAAAGAAGACUGAUUGUCUAGAUAUUCAUCCGUCAGUGUUUCGUCGUAUCGGAGUAUUCGUGGUACCGGAUACUCCUUUCCUUCUAUCAGCUCUUCCGAGAGCCCCGGGCUCUCACUCGAGCUCUCGCUCGGAAGUCACCGCGCAAUUCAACGUUCGUUAAGCAUUUCCUUCCCCUCUCAUCACGAUAAACGUCCAAAAAUACUUAUAGAUCGCCGCACGAGAACGAGAGAAACCCCGGACACAACGUGCGCUCGAUUCACUCUCAGGUCCGCGUUUAUGGCGCGCCUCGAACGCUAAAAGCGACCGUCUGUCUGAUUCGGCCCGUUCUCCUCGUCGGAGAACACGGUGCGGCAUUCGACGAUUUUAUAUUACGACGUCAAACGCGAGCAAGUGCGGGCGAAUGAAUAUCGUGAAGUCCCUCCAUAUCAUUAUCCAUAUCAUGAAAAUUGAGGAUCUGAACUCGGAAUCGUGCUAAUUCUAAAAUCGCUGAAAUGUCCGAUCUCCCUUUAGUGUUCCCUUCCAGAUCUUCUCGUAACCGUAAAUCAAUUAUAAUGCCGGAAAAUAUUCUUGAAUAUGCAAAAUAUAUUUUUCAACCGUGUGUCAUUCCUUUGAAAUAAUAACAGUAAGUGCGGUAUGGUUCGGUUUGAAAAGUUCAAAUCUUCCGUAAUUUCAUUUUACGUAUGGAGUAUUUCUCAUUUCUUUAAAAUGAAUAUAGUGAAUAUAACAUAACUCGAUCUGAUGAAUUCGAAUUUCCACACUUUUUGAAUUCAAGUUUGACGAAUUCCAAUAUUUGGUGUCACUUGGUAUCACAGUUAAAUUGUUUUCGCGGUUUUUGCGGUGUCAUACUGUUACGUUUCUAGACCAACGACGCGAUCGAUUUAAAGCUGGCGGUGGUUUGCAAUUCGAGUCCUCAAUUAGGCGCGCGUAGAAUAGAACAGCUCCACGUUUCUCUGACGUCCUGAUACAAAAUAGCUGAUAUAGCUAUUGUGGACCGUGAAACGGACAAAAUCCAGAUGAUCACGUUCAUCGGCAUUAUACGUCGCGCUGUAAAUGCGGGCCGUUAAAGAAGCAACUACCUAACUAACGCUGCUCUAAGUAAACCUAAACGAAGUUCGUACCCGCGAUCAAGUUGCAUUUACAUUUUAGCUGAUACAUAUUGAGUGUGUAUGUUAGACGUAAGAGACACAUCGAUUAAGGAGUUUCAGACGACAGCUCGUUGUCGAAGAUUUAUGCUCUGUGUAACGUGGGUCACGAACGGUUUACGUACGACACGGGUGUAAAAAGGAAUAUUAACUUUACUACUACGUAUCUACGACCAAACUCACUAUUAAAUUAAAGAAAGAAACUGCCAACCGCCGAGAUUUUCAUAUUAGAAAUUCUUCAGAGCUAAAGACUAAUUGUUAACGAUAAGACGCGAAAUACGCCAAGACGAAUUGACCACGAUCCUUCCGAGAUUGUAUACAAUACGAAAAUACACUCAAGAAAGAUUAAGACGUUCUAAGACGCUAUAAAGACUUCUUUGACGCAAUAAGAUGUCUAAACGACACCCCUGAGAUAUCUUUUAGGCAUGCGUGUAUGUGCGUUACGUAAAACUCAUUUCCAUAUGUCCCAUGGAGCGUAUUACAAAUUCGUGUUAAUUAUGACUUUUGGCAUUUCUGUCGGAACAUUCUAAGAGGAUAGUGAGAUAUGAUUGGUUAUUGAGUACGCCACCGACUUUUUUGCGUUUCAUUAUACAGAAUAUUGAAAAUUGAAUUCCGCGUAACAGAAAACGCGUAACGCCUUUGAUUGGUUACGUAAGAAAUAUGUGUCAUGAGACGACAUUCUAAUAGUUACUCAAGCUCCGCGAUACAAUCGCGUAUAACGAUAAUUUAUGCGUCUGUUAUUCGCACGUAUUGCUUUCUCCUCCUUCAGAUUGCAAACUACAGAAGUUGUAUUUCGGGCCGUUGCGUUACACUGAGCAUAAAUCGGAUCUAAGUCAAUGUCUAUAACUCGAAGAUAUACCGUUAACGUUAACAUAAUUUAUUACAGUUACGUAGAUAUCGAUCGUGAGGCCAUCAUAUGUAUGUACAAUUAGGUUGUCAGCAUGCUUGUUGGCGAAUAUUUCCUACCGUACCGUGAACUUUUUUAAAUGUCGUCAGUAGUCGUCGUAACAUCCAGAAAAAAAACGUACAAUCGAUUAUCCUUCGAUAUAGUUUGCACCGAGAACGUGUUUCGUUUCCAAAUUUUGUAUUAUUUGUACAAUUUAUUAUUGUCUUUCUAAAUAAAAGACGAAAGGGAGUUCUCGAGUCCUACGCCUUUUCCAUCUUCCUUCGUUUAUUUCCAACAUGCGUUGAAGAAGCCCGUCGAUGGGACAGGCGCGUCUCAAUAGACGUAACCAGAUGCAACAGAUAUAGUAAUAUAAAAGAACGACAUAAUAUGUUUAUAUAUUUAUUGUUUAUAUCAUAUAAUUAAUUUGUGAAAAAGGUUCUAUGAAAUUUGGAUAAGUUCGAUUAUUUCAACGGUGGUAACCACUGCACCCAAUUAACCGGGAGGGCAACGCAAAGUUAGCAGACUUGCUAGGUCUUUUUACAAAUUUAUUGAAAACCAAACAGAGGAAAAAAAACGACUUCAUAAAUGAAUGUUCGGAUAUUGCAGUUCACGAUCAUUUUCGCGCAGCACGUCCGAAGCACUCAAAAUACGGCAAGUAAUGCUCGGCGAAAGACGCGAACGUGAAGAAAUUGCUAUCGAUGGACUGCGAACCAGUAGAAGGCUUAUUUACGACGACUCUCUCGGCACAUCGAUUCGAGCUUAUAUUAUUGUGAUUGGGGAUUAUCGAAGCUUCGCCAGAAUCAUAAAUAUCGAUGCGAAACAAAAGACUUACAACCUUUCGAACACAAUAGAAAAAUGAAUAAUCAAAUUCUUACAAGAUGCAUUGCGAAUACAAAGUAUGUACGUAUCUUCGUUUGCUCGAUAGACGUGACAUAAAUUGUUUCCGAAACUUUCGAUCUGAUGAUUAUGAGAAGAUUUAAUGAGUUCGAAGAAUAUUCAAUUUUUCACAAUUGCCGUUAUUCGCCAAUAUAUAUGUGAACUUAAAUUUGGUUCGCAUUAUUUAUCAUGCUCCUCCAUCUUCGAAUAUUAUAUUUUAUCAUAUAUAUUCCAAUAUCUUUCUCUUAUCUCAAAUUAGAUAACAUAUACAAAGUAUCAUGCUAUAGUUACAUCAUUUUCGUCACUACACAAUAUUAAAAUAUUAAUUAUUAUUAUUACGAUUAUCUAAAUAUAAGAAUAGCAUGUUUUCCGUUUUCAUCUAAAUUAAAAAUAGAACAUGUAUCUAAAUUGAAGUACAUGUACAGUUGCAGGUGGUUUCUUGAAACAAUGUAACCCUGUUAUAACUCUGUUAUAAUUAUAACCCUGUUAUAAGAGUUAUAAUGGUUCUAAUUAUAAUAAUUUCAACCUUAUGUAUGUAUAUAUGUAUGAAAAGUUAAAAAUUAUACAAUAGUAAAAAAUCUCAACCUUGAAAAUAGUAUAUAUAAUACAUACUAAUAAUAUACAUGAUUCCGACUUACAAUAUUGCACAUUGUUUCAAGAAAUCACCUGCAACUGUACAUGUACUUCAAUUUAGAUACAUGUUCUAUUUUUAAUUUAGAUGAAAACGGAAAACAUGCU